AUGGCGAUCACGGUCCACCCUGAAGACGAAUCGAAAGAAUCCGGGGUGACGAAGAAGCACGAUAAGAGAGGUCUUCAUCUAGGAUAUGGAUUACCGGAGCAGGACAAUUUCCAUGGAGCUUUCGGCGAGCCAGCUCCGAUUUACGAAGGAUCAGCUCCAGAUCAGUACCCGGUUCCGGCGCAGCAAUAUCUGGAACAACCUGUGCCGCACGUGGAACCGCAUCCAGUUUUGGCUCCCCAUAUUGCACCAGCACCCGUUCCGGUACCAGUACCAGUUCCGCACCACCUGCACGUCCCGGUGCCGCAAUCCGUUUCACAUCCGGUUCCUUUUGCCGUUCCGGUUCCCGUCACCGUCACGAAACACGUUGGCGUUCCGGUAGCAGUUCCGGUGGCCGUCCCGGUACCAAAACCGUAUCCGGUUCACAUUGAAAAAAUCGUCCACGUGGACCGACCUGUACCUGUUCCGGUGGAGAAACCGAUCCACGUACCUGUACAUGUAGAUCGACCUGUGGCCGUUCCUGUUGCCGUUCCGAAACCGUAUCCGGUUCACGUGGAGAAACUGGUGCACGUAGACCGGCCAUAUCCAGUCCACGUGGCCGUACCUUACCACGUGCCUAAACCAUAUCCGGUACCGGUUGCGAUACACACCUCUGCACACUAUAAACCGUUUCAUGGGUGGUAG